CCUUGAGUUUGAGGGUGGAAUUGUGCGUGGCUUCCGGUUACUGGAUUGACACACAAUGAGGCGUUGGGAAAGCCGCUGUAAAUAAAUAGAGUAAUUGCAGAGGCCAGGGAAUCAUGGAGAACCAGUGCACGGUGCAGGUGAAGUUGGAGCUGGGCCACCGGGCUCAGCUGCGGAAGAAGGUCACCACGGAGGGCUUCACGCACGACUGGAUGGUGUUUGUCAGAGGGCCCGAAAUGGGCGACAUCCAGCACUUUGUGGACAAAGUGGUGUUUCGACUGCACGAGAGCUUCCCCAAGCCCAAGAGAGUGUGCAAGGAGCCACCAUACAAAGUGGAGGAGUCGGGGUAUGCCGGCUUCCUCAUGCCAAUAGAGGUCUAUUUCAAGAACAAGGAGGAGCCGAAGAAGGUGUGCUUCAACUACGACCUGUUCCUCAACCUGGAGGGGAACCCGCCUGUGAACCACCUGCGCUGCGAGAAGCUGACCUUCAACAACCCCACCCACGAGUUCCGCCGCAAGCUGCUCAAAGCUGGGGGGGUGAUGGUGGUGCCUGAGGGGGAGGAGCCUGUGUCCAGGCCCAGCCCUGACUACCCCAUGCUUCCCACAAUUCCACUCUCCGCCUUCUCCGACCCGAAGAAGACCAAGCCCUCCCACGGGUCAAAGGAGCCAAAUAAAGAUGGUAGUGGAGGCAGCAGCAAGGGUCCAAAGCCUCACAGGCCAGCCAAGGAGCACCGGGAGCGACCGCGCAAGGACUCCGAGAGCAAGGCCGUGUCCAAGGGUGAGGGCGACCGUGACCGCGACGGCGGCGGCGGCAGCAGCAAGCCCGCCCGCGACCCCUCGUCAUCUUCCUCCUCCUCCAACUCCUCGUCCUCCAAGAAGACUGCCGAGGUCAAGCUGAAGGAGGAGAGCAAGGCCCCGCCCAAGGCGGCCUUCAAAGAGCCGAAGCUCACGCUGAAGGAGGGCAUGUCCCCGAAGGGCGGGGGGAGUGGGGGAGGGGGCGGAGGAGGAGGAGGAGGAGGAGGAGGAGGAGGGGGAGGAGGGGGCCCGCCGGAGCCCAAGGCCCCCAGCAAGCGGCCCUCGGCCAUGGAGUCCCCCAAGCCUAGCGUCAAGAAGCCCAAGAAGGGGGCCCCCGAGGGGCCCAAGAGCGGCGGGGGCUUCUCUGGCACCUCCCCCCGCAUCUCCUCCUCCUCCUCCUCCACCACGGCAGCGCCGCCCACCUACCCGGACAAGAAACCCCCGAAGAGCAAGCGGCGCUGGGUCAAGGUGAAGACGGAGACGCCGGAAGUGCCGGAGGUGCCCGAGGUGCCCGAGGUGCCAGAGGUGCCAGAGGUGCCCGAGGUCAAGGAGCCCAAGAAGCCGCCCGAGUCCGAGGAGUCCAACUCGGAAGACGAGGCCUCCUCCAAGUCUGAGCAAUCGGCCCCUUCGAGCCCCUCCAACUCCACCUCCAGCUCUGACUCCAGCUCCGACUCCGACUUUGAGCCCUCGCAGAAGCAAGGCCAAGGUCCCCUGCGCUCCAUGGUGGAGGACCUGCAGUCGGAGGAGUCGGACGACGACGACAGCAGCUCCGAAGGGGGGACGCCCGUCAAAACGAACCCGCCCAACCGCGACUCGCGUUUGAGCCUGGACAGCGAGAGCGACAGCAGCGACGGAUCCCACCCCCCGAGUCGAGAAGCCCCGCCUCCGCAGCAGAAACACAUCAACAACAAGAACUCUGGGAGAAAGAGCCCAGACCCUUGUACCAGGACAGAGAAGAUGUUGAAGAAAGGGUACGACAAGGUAGGAAGGGCGUACACAGAGGAGUUGGUGGACCUCCACCGCCGACUGAUGGCUUUGAGGGAGAGGAACGUCCUACAGCAGAUCGUGAACCUCAUCGAGGAGACCGGCCACUUCAAUGUCACCAACACCACCUUCGACUUUGACCUCUUCUCCCUGGACGAGUCGACGGUCCGUAAACUACAGAGCUACCUGGAGGCCACAGCCACGUGACAGGAAGCGUCCUUCCAGGCGAGGAGUCUUCUCCAACUCCGCCGUCUCCGCCAGGACCCCGGAGGGGAGGUGUGAGGGGCGCUGAGAGAAAGAGGAACCCGUGAGAGCGCCCGGCGGCGAGGGACGGACGGACGAGCGGAGCCGCAGAGAAGGAAAGGAGAGGACCACGAACGGCACAGAACAAAGCGAACCUUGCUAGGACGCGGCCAGAGGCCGGGCCGAUGGACCGGAGGAGUGUCGUGUGCAUUGCGGCCCAGCAGUUCCUCUGCCUUCCAGCCUCGCCCAUCUUCUCCCCUUCUUCUGCCCUUUCUCCUCUCAGAACCUGACCCCAUGUAUUUCUACACGCUUGUCUUCGGGUAGAGCAACGGUAGAACUGUGUUGUACACUUUGCACCAAAGCUUGAGUGGCAGCUGUCAUCUUGCUCCUGGUCCUGGCACCGGGAGCAAGCCCUGCAUCCUGGCUCUCCAUCACUCUCCACACUCACCCUAUCCCUGCUGCAUUCACAUUUCUUCUUUUCAAAAUACUGGUGACUUCUCCUCAGGCCCCAUACCUUCCCCUUCCCCAGCUCCUUCCUGUCCUGCCUCUACUUUGCCCACCCACGGCAUCAUGGGUACGUGCAAGGGAUUAAUUUGCAAGGAACUAAGAGGAGGAGCCUCUUGAGGGGGGUGAAGAAGCAUUGAGAAGCAGCCUUUCAAGUUUGAGUCAAUAAAUUGGUCAAGCCUUGUAUUUAACUCUUAUUUUAUUGCUGUUUUCAGGCAUUUUUGCUAGCCAAAAUGGAUACGGUUAAGAAUUGCAAGGCAUGAAUGUACUUUCGUCUUGUUUUUGUACAAAUUUUUUUUAAUGGGCUCACAAGAAGCGCUCACCACCCCCCCCCCGCCUCCUCAGUGCCUUUAUCUUCAAGGGGGGGCAGUUUGUCUGUCACUUGGAAAAACUGGGAUCCCCCUCCACCCCCACCCCGUGGUCAGAAUGCGGCCCAGACCGGCGAAGAGUUGUCCAGUUGGGGUUCCCCUCGACUGCAUCUUAAGGCGGAGGGGCAGGACAGGCCUUCAGAGGACAGAGCUUCACCAAACAGAACAGACCCGGACGAAAGGCGAUUUCUCACGUGUCCGAUGGAAGGUGCAAUUUCGAGGUCGGGUUCAGCAGAAUGGAUCUACGUCAGAUGAGGUCCCAGGAGCACUGGAAUGCUGCGUCAUGUGCUAGUUCAGACAGCCAUAACCAAACCCACUGUGGCUCCUCAGUCGACCCUUUUACACUUGAACUGCCCGCCCCCCCCCCCCCCCCCCACGCGUAUGGUCCAUGUGAAAUGCCUAUUUAUUGUGACUUUGAUAGCUUUAAUGGUGGACUCCACUCCGUUGCUAGGCUAGCGGUGCAAAGAAGUCUUUCAUGGAUGAGUGGAGAGUUCGAUUCAAAGUGUCUAAAACUGUGAGAAAGCACAUUUUCCACAGCGCCUGGCUGACCCUCUCUUUCUUUCCUGGGGAAAAGAUAAACUGAUGUCGUCGGUCCCCCCCCCCCCCCCCCCAAAAAAAUAACAAUUUCUGUGGGGAAACCCAACCGCAAAAACGCAGGAGAGGGAGCAAACGGCCGUGUGUGUGUGUACCAGUCCAUAAUUGUGCGCCUGAACUUUUAAACUCCAGAACCCAGAGUCCACCAACUUUGACCUUUGACCCAGGCGCUCAGCACGUCCCUUGUUUGUAAACAAAUGGGAACAGAAAGGGGUGGAGGAACAGCCCUCGACCCCCAAGAGAGUCCCUCCGUCUACUGACAGUCAGUUUAAUUUAUAUACCUCUGCACUUUUGUGGCUGUGGCGACUUCAGUACUUAUGGAAUUAUCUAAACUGUAUUUUUAAUGAUUUUAUACUAUAUUUACAUGCAAAAUAGUAUUGAUUUUUUGCCUACCUUUUUUAAAAAAGUUCUAUUUAAUUGUUCUAGUAUUUUUAUUGGCAUGUUAUGUCAUACAAAGAAACACAGCCCCCAGAUCUGUAUACGUUAGCCUUAGUAUCACAUUUUUUUUUUUUUUUUUACAGUUGGACACUAGUAUUUCAUUUUAUUUUCGUUCUUUUUUUUUUUUUUUUAACAGUCAGACACUAUGUGACAGGUUUUAUUUCGGAGGGCGUGUAUUCCUUGUACGAUAAGCUGACUCGGUUGUUGUCUUAGGAAAGCAUGUAGAGCAGACUGAAUGUGUGCUUAUUAGAUUGUUACUGAAAGUAAUGUGCGUGUGUGUGUCGAAUAUUUGAGUGUUUUUACUCAAAAUAUGUGGCACCGUUCUAGUCGUCUGUACUCUGUGAGGUAUGGUUACAACACCCAGGCACAAAGUCUCAUUCCCACAUUUUUUCCCUUUGCUCCAAGCAGUUUCUGACCUCUAACUCGCAAGGACAGAAAAAAAUGUACCAUAGGAAAUCAGAAUCGGGGUGGUAGAACAAAGCAUUUCAGCUUGACUGCAGGAUAACCUGCAGAUUAUCUUAGGGAUGUAAUGUGGGAGGAGACUGUGCUGUGCUGGUGGGUGUGGUUUGUAUCUGCUGGGGUGGGUCGUAUUUAACAGGGGUAUUGAAGAUGGAAUUGGUGGGUUCCAUGGACAGAACAGAAGCUCAAAUUUGGUAUUGUGAGUUUGGUAUUAACUUGGCAUUUCGUGCCACCAUGUGGCCAUAUAGUGCAAGUUGUAACAAGAACUAUAAUUUUUAUUUUUGAAUCAUAUUAAUAAAGUCAGUGAGUACUGUC